AUGGAAGACCUUUCAUGGCUCACAGCACCUCGGGACACGUACGACAAGCAAUUUCGUAAGUUGCUGUCUUUUCAUACGCAAUACAUAGACCCCUCCGCCACACCCGCGUUGCCCCUGGACGCUUAUGAGAAUUUUAUCAGAACAAAGAUAUCUGAAUCGUCGGGCGCAAUCGUAAGUAUUUUCUUGUUCCUCUCGUUUUGUAACUUUUCCUUGUGUAGAUCCCACUUGUCACAGAUGACACUCUGCCACACAUUCCGGACGGUCAUCUGGUCUGUGUACGCGGUAUGAUCCAAGACAUGUUCGAUUCGGAGCUCUACAUUUCAUCGUAUCGACCCUCAGCUGAGGCGACUUCUGUCAAAUCCACUCGCUAUCGCGAUGUUGAAUAUCUGCAGGUUGGUGUCGACAAAAGUUAUUUUGCGUGCAUUGUGCAACCUACCUGUUGUGGCUAAAGAUGCUAAACUUUGGCUAGCAGCGAAACGGAACAGUAGUGUAAAAAAGGCUAAUUUUUAUAAUGCGAAGGGAUCCACUUGAAAGUGUGACCUGUAGCAAAGGGAGAAGGUUCUGUACGCAUUUCGGUUGUCCGUUAUUGUUUGCCGACCACAGUCUGGAAAUAUUAUCUGGUUAAAGGUGCUGCAGGCGUGUAGGUGGCCACCCAAACACCGGAGUCAAGCCCAACCACCAAUCCGUGAUCUGUAAAAAAAACCACCAACAUAAUUUUUCUCGUGACAGCAAUACUGACCUUGAGCAUCUGCCCUCUUCCUAGGAGACGAUCAGAGCAGUGCAGCAGGUUUCAGGGGGACAGCCUUUGGGUGUUGAUAUAGAGGUGCCACUGGUGCAUGGGUGAAGGACGAAGACGUGAGACCGGUACUGAAGCAUCAAUGGUUGUCCUGGUCGCUUCCCACUACAAUUAAUCCGACGAGGUCGAAACUGUCAGCCUGCACUAAAAGUCGUGGUUUAUAGGGCUACCUGUUAAUAGGAGAACUUAGUCGUUAUUUUAAACGAAGGGCAAACUGCUAUUGUGCCUUUGUGUGACGUCUUUAGCACAUCGCGCUUCUGCGAAAUCUGCGCCCUUAAGUGGCCUAUAAGGCGUCAAAUGCACGUUACGUUAACCACGGCGCCCGAUCUCGUUCUCAGUCGAUUUGAUUCGGAUAGGUCACUGGCACAUGUGAAAGAAAGAAGAGGGUGAAGCCAAUCAAGCUCAGAUCAGACACCUACUGUUCUCGCGUUUAACUGCCACGACGCGCUAAAUACCUUGGCUGGUAAUGUCUUUAACUGACGAGCUAAGUCGUCCUCCUCUGAAUGAGAGUCGGACUUCAAUGGCACCAUUUAAAUGUACCCUUUAUGGUACCUCUCAACUUUUCGACCUCUGACAAUCGUUGGAGUCUCAUACGUGGAGUGUCAUGGAUCGUAUCCUGUACUGCACGUGCAAAUGUGCAGUUAGAGCCCAUCAGCCAGUAGCCCCUGGCCUAUGUCCGGUCGCCUUGUUCUCCUAUACGUAGACAGAAUGCAAACCCGCAGCAUAAAUGACCUUACGCGCAAGUCAUCAUUGCUCCUUUUUUGUUGGUCGGUCGUGGACUUUGUCGCUUACUGCUGCCGAACUGCAGCAUCCAAUACUACGCAGCGUUAGGCCGAGGGACAGGCUAGACGCCUUGAUAGUCGGUGUUUUUUCGUUAGCAUUUUCGUCUUUUCUUACAACACAAUAAUUUAUCCUUUUAGAAGGUUGUGCCUAUUCCUUUUCUGUUGCCCUUUUAGGCUGAUGGAAGUCUUGACGAGGCAAGCAUCACCCUUUCGAGCAGACAGUCAUUUUAUGUGUCACACAUCCCCGGCGAAUCGUCCUGGAUUCAAAUAUCCUUUAUCCGUCUAACCUAUUAUUCAUUUGGUCAAAAUGCCCACCUUUGAGUAUGCAUGGAAGCAUUUCUAAUCUCUGCUUGGUUAUCGCCUCUUGUGGGGAAUUUAUAGCUGGGCACACUUAAUUACUUGUUAGUUAAAAGUCACAUUCACGAACUUCCUUAUUACGAAACGGAAUAUGGGCCAUUCAUUUUGCCUUGGAAUUCCGCCCCCAACUCAUCUCAAGGGGUCACACGACCACUAGCAAUCAGUACUCGAAGGCCAUUAACGAGAGGGACAGGGAGACUAGAAUGACAAUUUCUGGAUUAUUUUUUGUCGUUAGCCAAUCAUAUUCCGAGUCCUAAGCCUAGCGAACACGAGGUUUGAUUCCGGACCCAGCCGAUCACUGAUUCUACGCUCUACCAUGGAGCCUAGAGCUCGGCCGCUGCCAACCACCAUCACGUGCAGUUGGUAUUCUUUUUCCACCCCCCUCCGACUUCACUACUGAACAAAAACGUUCUCUUUGGGGUAUGACCGAUCAACAACGGUAAGAGGUAGAACUGACUCUUCUAGUCUCUCUCGCCGUUUCCUGAUAUUACUUAUCUAUUGCUGAGCGCCUCCUAGCUCCUAGGCCAACAUCGCGUCCUGUAAUUAAGGCAAAUCGGCAGAUGUCGCUCUAAUGUGAUUUUGAAUAUUCCUGAUUUCACUCGCGAGGACACAACCCCGUAACUCAAUGACCAACUGAGCUGAGUUCAUUCCUGUAAUUCGCGGGAUUUGGGAUUGGAUUAAGAGUGGCUGACAACGGCAGAUAAGCCGUUGUCUUGCCUGCUUUUCCUGAUUACAGUAUGGUAAUUGGCCUUGCCAUUAAUAACGUCUCAGCUGAAUUAACUGAAUUAAUAAUAACUGACUAGGUGCGUACUAAAGGCAGUCCAAAAGUUCUUUCUGGGUUCGUAUGUUAAUUACUUGGUUACUAAUUUAAUUAAGUAGGCAUGGUGGUGUGAUAAUAUCCUGUCUUACCCGAUUUGGUCCUUAACCCACUGCUCAUCUGCACGCCACCCAACCAGAAAGGCUCUUUCUCGCCUCACCAGCACUUGGAAGUAAGCGUUGUCUGUCUGAUCCCGAGAUGACCCACAUACCGGUAAAGAAGGUCUUGUCGGACGCCAAAUUUGAUGAAGAGUCGACCGACACAACCGCGACAAAUGAGAAGAACGGCGUUCUUCUUCGCGUAAACACCCCCAGCCGUUGAUGCAUGUCCCUCACCAACUUUUAGGUUUAUAAUGAGAAGGACGCAGAAAAGCUAAAACUCACCGACUUGGUAUUUGUUUAUGGCAUCCUCGAGCACGCACGCCUGGGCAGUGAACCGGCGGUUGAUGCAGUGAAAACCGGUGAUGAAGCAGCUAAGGCUCUCAGUUGCUCUUCAGCUAAGCGCCGUCUACCGCGGGUUCACGCCAUUCUCGUGGAGAGGUCUCACUUCUCCAAUCAUCCAUGGCUGCAAGUAAAGUGUAAGCAAUAUUACUUCCCUUAUUUACUCCCGUCUUCCAUCCCAUUUUAUAUUCCUCACAGUCAUUAGCUCCUUUUUUGCCCCAAUUUUGUGCGGAUUCAUUCACCCUUAAACACCCUAAAUGUAUGGACUGGCCAACUAUUAUUAAGAAAGUUGCGUCCCUAGAGAGAGACUGUCCGUAAUACAACUGAGGAAUUCAGUUUAAACUAAAUUAAUGACGUUCUUUUACACUGUAGUCUGUCUGUUGCUUAAGUCGUGUGUGUGUUCUUCCUAAAGAAUAUCUAUGCCCAUGUUAAUCCAUUGCAUAAGGGCCUGCCCUAGUUUCUCAGAACGAACCACUACCUAUAGAAGUAAAUGUAGUUUCUUCAAGGAUAUCCUGCUGAAGACAUGGUCCAGUUAGGUCUCAUUAAACACUGUUCAAAAGUCAUAAUUUAGGUUUUGAUAAUUUUUUCAUACUUCCACACCUGUUCUUACCCAGCCCUUUCCCACUUAAAUGACGAGUGGGUCAAAAACUCUUCCCUAAUGACCAGACCGCCUUCCUUAAAUUUUUGUAAAAGCCGUUUAUUGCUGAGUUCUGCUUUUGCAAAAACUUCAAGUGAACUGUUGAAAUUUGUUUUGACUUCGUCUUUCCCUCCUGAUAGGGCAGACGAUGGGCGGCUGGGAUUCCAGAGAUGUGCUUAUCGCUACUCGGGCUCGUGUUAUUGAAUUUCUCCGAUCAGUCUUGUCUGGAGACGAACUUGCCGCUGAGUUUCUCCUUCUUCAUCUGCUUUCAACUAGGUAUGGCCUAACUGCAUCAAAUGGACAACUAGCCCUAUUCACCUAUUUUAUCCUGUUUUAAUUUUCUACUAACAUUCUUAUAGUAGACGUGAAAGCGGGAAAAAACGUUGUGGCGGUUAGUCUUGCUACGACUUUCUGCGUAGUGGCCAAUGGGACAUCCCCACACUAUCUGACAACAACAUUAAGCAGACAUGUUUAGAAGACUUUGGGGCUGGCUGUCCGUUUUGCUUUUUACUGAGUGCUCUUUAGAGAUAAGGCGCAGAAAUUCCUAUUGACCCAACUGUGUGAAAUUCGGCGUCUCAGUGGGACUCAAACCCACAAUAGUAAGGGGAAGGCGCCGAGUUUUUCACAGUUGGGUCAAUAUCAAUUAUUCAAAAUCUGCCAAAACAUCCAUGAAAGAUAUUGAUAUUCUGGCAGACUUUGAAUAAUUCAUAUUGACCCAACUGUGAAAAACUCGGUGCCGCGGUGGGAUUCGAACCCACGCAGUAAGGGGGAAGGCUUUAGUACAGCCAACGCUCUAACCACCUGAGCUACGAGGCCCCGCCGGACGACGCGAGUUUUAUCACACUUGGGUCAAGUUACCCGCCCAACCUACUGCAACGUCUUGAAUCCACCAAAUUUGAUACAGUAAGUUGACUGCCCAAGCAGGAUUUCCUAAGUAAUUCACCUAGAAUCCACCAGAUGACUACUAGGCUCAAAUUUAGCAAAGUAGGGCGGAUAAUUAAUGUGAAACAGGGAUGUUAACCGCAAAAGAAGACGACUGCUUCCUUAAUUUCUGUUUAGUGUUUGAUGCUUUAGAACACCCUCAGGACCGGUGGUAUGGCCUCGAAGGUCCCAUCGUGUCUUCGGCUAACACGAUUUAGGCCUCACAACCAGUUUUGUGGAAUUAGGACCAGCUUCUGACACGAUCACAUAGUCUUGUCAGCAGUAUCUGAUUGUGCCCUGCAUAUAAUGUUAACUUCUGCACUCGACGACGGAUGCCCAAGUUUGGCGGAACCUCCCUCAUGAACUCUGGCCAUGCUAAUGCCAUCGUCCAGUAUGAAAUCUCUCUCAGGGAACAUUUAGUCUCGGAAAAAUAUUGCUGACCACUAUUGGCUGUGAGCGCCUUUGAGCGCUGUCAAAUAAAGCUCCAAGGCAAAAGGAAGUACACUCGGUUGGAGCUCCAUCCGCCUAGUUGGCGAAUCGUGCAAGAUUUAUCUGUAAAUGCCCGCUGUGAGGAUCAAAGUCCCCCUCAAAUGGUGCCUUUUUUCCUUAAGAGUGAUGAAAAGUUUUUCUACAUUGCCUUUCUGAGCUUCUGGGGCUGCGACGGGACAGUGUCUGAGGAAUAAAUUAUCUCAUUUGGAUCGCAUGCAGCAUGUUGUGUCAACUAUGGAAGUGUUUCGGGUCUCUAGACGAUAUCCAACCGCAAAUAGACACAGUGUACGAGGCCAUACUUAAGGCUGUUCUUACAUACGGUUGCAGACUGCGGUCUUUGCGAACAUUAUUGACAGGCAGUAGCUCUGCAUUUAGUAUCACAUCAGUUCCAUUUGUAUGGUCGCUAACAUGUUUACUAAUUAAUCAUAAGUAGGCGUUAUUAUUCCGUUGUACUUUGAUUCGUAGUCUACAACGCUCUCCUCUCAACCUUCCUCCAAACUGCUGCCUUCGCCUUCGUGGUCAGCCUAGAAAGACGGACACAAGGUUGUAGUGAGUCUUCCAGAUGUUGAGGCCCGAGGCUGAAAUCUCAGUUCGAUACCGGUUGCCAAAGACCCAGUCUUUGACCUUGGAGCCUUAGCAACACUUGUCCGUGAUGCCAAUGCGCAUCAUGGCCAUCAGGCGAUAUCAGCUAUAUCCCCGUUAAGGGGACAUUCGUAGUGUUAGUCGUUCUUUCUUUAGACCCCUCUGAGUCCCACUAGAAAGACACACAAUAUCGAAGUACGCCACCUAUACCGUCCUCUCACUUUCAGAGUAUGGAAACAUGUUUUCAUAUCCUAUCCUGCUACUGUGUGUGUUCUCCCUUUCAGUGCCGUCACAAGCGACUCAGUCUUUCCUAUCACCCUGCCCCCUCUGAACAUCUCACACUGGGAAAAGAAACUUGGCGCGGAUACGGAACGUCUGAUACAGUCUCUGCACUGCAUUCUACCCCAGGUUUCUCUUAUUCCCUUGACUGUCGAUUCCCUGAACAACGGUCCCCUCCUCAUGCCCGUCCGUGAUGUGGCUAUUGACGAACUGGAUUCGGGCUUACUGCAGUUGCCGACCGGCAGUGAGGUAGGUUGGUUUUUCACUCCUCUGUGUCUUCUGCUGCAAUUGUGCGUCUGAAAACGCGCAAUCAGUGACUUCGGCCAGCCGGCUGUUAUCCCACUUACGGGAGGGACAAAAGCUUUCAAUUUUAUGUUUUGUGUAUAUUGACCGCCGGACGCCGGAGAACAUCAAGUGGUAUGCCUGCGCAACGGUGCGAUUUACUUGCAUCUCAAUAUUACUAAGCAUAUGUGCCAGACCGACGAGGACUGGGGAGCGCUCACCGAUCGUUCUUACGGAACUCACUCGUUCCGUUGUGCUUUACGGGCUCUCUCUCGAGCCCAACCAGCAGCCGCACAGCGGCGCAUGAUAUACAGGCAGAAUGGUAUUACCGACAAAGACAAGGGAGAUCGGAAUGGUCAUUUCUGGCUUAUUAACAGUCAUCAGCCAGUCAUACCCAGCCCCAAAGUGUGGAACACCCGAGCCUUGAACACUCGCGACCUGUUAGAAGUCCACGCCUCUAACCACUGGGCCACGAGCCUCUUGUCCUGUCGGUUUUUUUGGUCGGGAAUAUACAAUGGUAGGGAGUGCGCACUGAUCGUUCUUACGGAACUCACUCCUUCCGUUGUGCCUUACGGGCUCUCUUUUGAGCCCAAAGAGCAGCCGCGCAGCCGUCGUCAGACAGUCAGUCCAGCCUCGUGCAACGACACUCCUUGUUGCCUUAACUUCAGUUUUCGUCCUGACUGAGCUCGUUUGCAGAACGACUGACAGCCAGUCGUAACAAAAACAAGAAGGAGCAGAGACUUUGAAGUAUUCUCUGACGAAUCACUCCCCAUCUGAAUUUUCUAACCUUCAACGUUUGGAGUAGCAGAGAAAGACAGACAAAGUCAGGGGAGAGUGGGACAUCUGGGUGUCUUGUGCCGCCAUUCAUGACACAAUACCCCUGGGUCGAACCUGAGAGUCCUAUAGCCACAAGACGGCCAACUCGUUGUCAAAUGACAGUCACACCGGUGUGUACCCCCUUAGGUUAAACUCGGCCAAACCACUGACAUGUUUAACCACUAUACUAACUGUGUGCACCUACGGACAACGGAUGGUGCAACGGGCCUCAGCGAAAGUUGAUGGUGAUCUAAGCAGGCUCUCGGAUCUGACGAAUGAGCGAUCGCGAAUCAACACCGCCAGUGUUUCACCAGGGCGUGGAGGAUCGAGGUCUGGCACACGGACCAUCUUAUGAAAUUCCUCACAACCCGAUGACGGCACUGUGGCAUGUCGACUAUGAGCCGCCAUGUCAUCGCCUCUCAACAGUCUAGUUUUUUCUCGAGUGGAAGAACUAGCAGUGACCACCGUGAAAAAACCCUCUUGAUGGCUGUUGGGGGUGGGGGGAGGCUGCGUCUGUACCCAAGGACCAAAAGAAACUUGAUGAAAAUUUCCAAUUAAAGGAUUGUUAUCCAUGCCGAGCCCUCCUCGGCAACCGACGAAUUCCCCAGUCCUAGCAAUUGGGCGUUCUGCUCUAGCGUGUGGACCCUUUGUCCGGCCAGAGUUUCGCUCCACAGACCAAGCGUUAACCGACCUCCGAAGGUAGCCAAACGAAUCGCGACCAUUGACAAAGAUGGACUGGUUACCAAACCUGUAUAUUGCCUGCCGAGUUAUGUAAAAUUUGCUGUCUUUCUGCAAUAACUAGCAUUGCCUCUGUCAGACGCAUCUUCUUACCAACCCCAAUUUAGGUGAUAGUCGAUGAAACGGACAUGUCAAGUGGCCAACUGACCUCUCGUGGUGUGCUUAACUGUCGUGCGCUGACCAUGUUGGCCACUCAGCGUAAACUAACAUAUGACUUCCAGUUCUACAGCCAGGACUGGGACAGUGAUGUACGUGUCCUCAUCCUCUCCACCUGCGCAUCAAUCAUCAAGGUAAGCGUUUGACCCCAAAGUGUGCUUUGGUUAAGGGAUCUUAGGUUGAUCGCUCAAUGAGUUACUCGGUCCAAAAAUGUCCAAAGCACAAUUAACACAGGAAAUGGAACUGCAACCGCUGAAACAAGAGUUCUUUACCAGGACGUUUCAGAUUCUCGAACCCACUACCAGACAGAGAGGGGGGAGAGAGAGAGCAAUAGAUGGGGUUGUCGGAUACUAGAAGGUUGUAGUAUUUAUAGGCUACAGUUGCCAUUCAAUCACCUGCAUAUCAAAAUUGUCGGCUCGCACGUUCAUCACCCAUGAUCGUACUGGGUGCGAUGACUGCUUUAUCGCCCCCGGCUUGUUGACCGUCAUCAACCAGCUAUACCCAAGCCCGAGGUAUGCAACCGCCGAGGUUCGAAUUAGCAAUCUGUUAGUUGGAAGUCUAGCGCCCUAACUACUAAGCCACGGGCUCGUUGCCUGUCGGUUGCAACCGGGUAUACAGUAGGUGGGCUAACCCAUGAAAUGUCAACCGAAAUUUCGAAAUCCGUUCUCGUUUCGAUAAGAUUAAUCAAGUAGGGUUGUAAAACCAAUCAUAGUGCAGCCGAAUUCUAUAAUGAUCCAGUCACCUCAGGAUGCCUUCUUUCGAACGAACUUAUUUCCGAAUGCAUGCGAGAACUAUACUCUGAAAAACAUGACUACUUAAGUAGCAUGCAACCGUCCCAUUGAUUUUUUAUGUCUCUAAAAGUCUAAUUAUAUUUCGUGGAAUUCAUGCAUAAAAAUAUUCACUAUUCUGCUCAUUCGGUAGAAAAUUACGUCUUCUUUCAAUUUUAUGCUCGAAAGAAGGGUAUUAUGCGGUUUUUAAAAACUUUUCUGAUUCCCGAAUAAUUUUGAACCUGACCUGCUGUUAUACUUGCAUUCAGGGUUUCCAAACUACAAGCCGUAUAUUUUCCGCGUACGGAAAACCAUACAUUUCUGUACGGUAUUAAGAAGAGACCAUCUGGGGUUCAUAAAACUAAGCAGUGGAUUUGAGCGAUAUUGUUGACUUUACAAGUCACAUUGGUAGAUGCAUAUACAUGACGUUUUAUGAACGGCCAUUUUACGGUAUUUAAAAAUCUCACAAUCGGAAACUUUUUCGAAACCAAAUUAUACUCCUUAUUCAAGUAUAAAAUUGAAAUAAGACAUGAUUUUCUACCGAAUAAAUAAAAGAAUGAAUAUUUUUAUGCAUUUUUUCAUGAAAUAUAAUUAAACUCUUAAGGGCAUCUAAAAUCAAUGAGGAAAUUUCAUGCUACUUAAGUAAUCAUUUUUUUGCAGAGUAUGGUUUUUGCAUGCAAUCGGAAAUACGUUCUUUCGAAAGAAGACACCCUGAGGUGACUGGGUCAUUAUAGAAUUAUGCUGGACGGUGAUUAGUUUUACAACCAUACUUCAUUAAUCUUUUCGAAACGAGAACGGAUUUCGAAAUUUCGAUCGACAUUUCAUGAGUUAGCCCACCUACUGUAUUAGCAAUGGUAGAGGGGCCGCGCAUCGAUCGCGUUACGGAACUCACUCGCACGAUUGCGAUGUUAACUUUUUUACACAUUUACUCAAGUCUGACGACGACUCGGGAAACCAGCGUCGAAAAUUUACCUACUAAGGUUUCUACUUUUCCCUAAAACGUACUUGCCUUCAAAAUAUAUACAUAUGUAUAACAGACGGCAGGGACGACAGAGAAUGCGGGUAGAAUGAUACGGUACUACUUCGGGCCUAUUCUUCGUUCAUUCUGCCAAUCAUAACCCUGACCAGCUGCUGGGACCACUCGCUUAUGAGUCCCGUGAUCGACCAACCCCUUUGACGGGACUCUCACCUGCUCGUAGUUUUUUCCGUCGUGUGUGAAGUAUGUCUUGAGACAGGACUUCAGGAUUUGUGUGAUUUGGGUGUGUUAGCGGUAAUUCUGCGUUUCACCUUAUUUGCACUGCAUGAGUAGUUCUCUGGUAGCGAUAGGUCCCAUGCGUAUCCGCCAGUUUAUCUGUUACUUUCUCUGAAGAUGGGUCCGAACGGGAAUCCGAAACGCCAGGCAAAUAAAAUUCUUGUUUCAUUCAUCGUACAUCCUCCUCAACUGCCUCCUUGAAUUCGUCUUUCCGCAUGUAUCAACACAACUAACUGUACUGAAAUUUCGUUAAUCGCAUGUUUCCGUUUUGUGUUUUUCUCUCUCUCAGCCUGUGCUGACUGUCCCAUGGAAGCCGUCCACGGAAACCACCACCAGAACCUCUCAGGUGGCCCCGUCAGAAUCAGAUUUGUGGCAGAUAAGGCGCUAUCUGCUGGAGGUUCAACAGACAGGAGAGGACUAUUCUAUAGAACCAGAUCUACAAGAGGUCAGUCUCCGUAAUUUUUCCUGAAUACAGGGCUAUUUUACGAUUUACUGCUCACUAGCGUCGUCAACUUCGGCGUUCUAUUGCCUUUAUCCACUUAUUGCAUGUUUUGUAUCGAGUUAAUUGUGGAACCUACGCCCGUUCUCUAUCUUCCCAGUAAAUGCCACUACUGGGUGGUUUUUUUAAUUCAGGAAUUUUACUGGCAAGCACGAGACCACUGCAAUGACCAUUUCUGGUUUAUUUGCCGUCGUCAUUAUCGCCCAGCAUUUCCCCUAAAACGGGCUACGCGGUAAAUGUACUGCCAUUAACCGAAUACGCACCCAUAACAGGUGUCAACGUCUGGGAGUGUGGCGGCUGGCCCAUUUGUCGGCACAUGUGCUGGAUCCGUGCCGACCCCCCAGUUUUAUCCGUGUACAAAAUCCUGGUCAGUGUCUGUUGCGGACCAGGAAGUGUGGUGACACGCCUAGGAGCGGGUUCACUCGUCGUGCCAGCCACCUACGUCCUCUUCGGCCUCCGUUCGCCUUGACUAUGUCUUGACACCACCGGACCCAGAUGAGGGAAGAGGGGAGAGUGCGGUAGAUGCUGUGAAAGUCCGCUGCCACUAAAAACUAAUUUACGCACAAGUCACCGUGCCUGCUUGCAGUUUGCUGUGGGGAGCACACGGUAGACAUCGUCGGUGCCUAUUCCUCACUCGGCAGCAGUGAGGAGGAACGACGCCAACUCCCAAGUCGCGGCUCAUUCGGCUGGACCCAAUCACACAUUCAUGUUUGACGAAGCAGAACUUCCUGUUAGAGGCGACAACCGCCUGAGCCGUAAACUGCUCGAGUCAUGCUUUUCCGGUCCUCAUUCAAGCAACAGGCGCAACGAGGAGGACGUGCGGAUAACCACUGCCCCCCGAUAUCAAUGUGGGCAAGCCAAAUCACCCAAGGGUCCACACGGAUAACGAAAUCCGGUAGUCAGCCGCUCGGCGGCGUGCGAUGAGCGUGAGAGCCGAUAAUCUUGACCGGCAUGCGGGCGCAUAUCAACUGUAUGGCAACGGCUUACUUCAACAGUUGGCCAGUCGAGCUGUGAUGCACUCGGGAGCUGCCAACUGUGAUGGGCAUGUAGCGGCCUAGCAACUAUAUUCUACAAAUAUUGCAACACCUGAUCAAUCCACUACCCUAUCUGACUCUGUCUCUGAUCAUGGAUUCCAGUAAGAAUUCGAAACGUCAGGCUAAUAAAGCACUUUUCCAGCGAUCGUGUCUGCUUCUCCGCGAUCAAACUAUUAUCGCCUCCCACCCGGCAGUUCGACCGUCCUGACGGACGAUGUUCGCCCUGUAUUCCAUAGCAGGGUGAGCACAGGGAAGGUGACUUGUGCGUGGAUUCUUUCAUAGUAAUAGUCGACUUGUGUAGCAUUUACUGCAUGCAAUCCUUCUCCCCCUCCUGGUUCCGUGUCAAAACCUAGUUAAGAAGACAGGAAGCGAAAGAGAACGCAGGUGACUGGUAGGGCGAGUGAACCCGCACCCAAAACAGACACUGACCAGGAUUUUAUACACGAAGGAAAUCUGGGGCUCGACACGGGCCCCCACUGGCGCGACGUGAGCAGACAAAUGGGCCAGCCGCCACACCCCAAAUGUUGGUGCUCAUUCCGACCUAGUCCGGCGCAUCUACUGCGUGGCUCGUAUUAGGGGCACUAAGGACUCGCAUCAUACCAGCUGAGCUCGGGAGUAUUCAGUUACGCAGAAGUGGCGUGUACCGAUUUCCAUCUCCCCUUCCGACCUGCGACCCAAGCAGGCCGCCGGUCCCACGAUGGCCAUCAGGCAGUUGUUGAAAAGGUUUGCCGAUGAAGACUUCGUCUUUAGCCUUUCCCUGCCGUCUUCUCACGUAGAUGACAAACUUGCUGUACUCCUUCCUCCGUCUCUCUUUAAUGCGUUUCGGUCCUCAUGACCAAAGUGUUAACACGUCUUGGCUUCACCGCUCCCGCGAGAUGUUUAUUGUGGCGGCUGUGGUUCUGUGUCUUGUUGGUAGCCUGUCAUUGUCUUUUCCAUGCUGUUGAGGCCAAGGCAAUGGCUUUUCUUUCUCUACCUCUACCCGAGACCGAGGAGAGGCUUCUGCCGAGGGUCUUGGAAGGCAUGGUAGCCUACCCUUUUCCUUGUGGUAAACAUGUCGUUUGCAUAUCGGUACCGCAAUGCCAGCGAUUUCCAGCUUUUCGCCGCAGAGCAAAUGGCUGGGGAACAUUUACGUUUCGUGAUUGCCACGGUGCCUUCACUGAGUUCCACAAAGCCACACAUGCUUCAACCCAGCCACCAGGCUAGCUGUUACACGCUCCUGCGCUUCUCUUCGAUUGUUUCCUCAUUUGAAGAAGAAAAUAGGCUCUCCGGAACAGGUUUAUUUCACUGCUGACGUUUCAAAGAGCUGGGUCGGCUCUUUGUUGUCAAAGCUUAAAUGCACUUAAUCGAUCAGAAGUUUAGUUUAAACUGGCAUCUUGUGUUGGUCGGCCUUAUGCUGAUCGACUUUUCUCUCCUCUCGCUGCCUCGGUCUCUCGGGGAUGGUUGACGGGCGUUUCGUCUGCGUCCGUUGUGAGUCACCACUCCGUCGAGCGGAGCUUAGUGAACCUCUGUCGGGCGGUCGGUCUGGCGGAUCUUGUUCUUCCUCACCGAGUAAACUCAGCGUCAGGCUGUCUCCGUAGGGCCUUCUUAAGUCCGGUGUGGUUGUUUGGUCCUGAGCUCUAGGAUUGUGAUGACGUAGGACUUUGUAGGCUGCAGGAAGGUCCAGAUGCCUGUUGAUAGAGUGGGCAUCGGAGAACCACGCCUCGAGAGUUAGCCGUUCUGCUUUUGUGUUGCCUCGGCCUAAGAUGGUAGUCCUCUGGAGGUCAAAAGUAUGCCCUUUCUCUUCAACGUGUGUUGCUAGUUGAAAGUUAGGGUCUAACCUCCGAGUGGCCGAUUUGUGUUCUUUUAGGCGAGUUUGCAAUUUCCGUCCGGUUUCGCCCACGUAGUUGCAGUCGACCUCAUUGCAAUUUAUUUUGUAAAUGACUGCUGAGGUUUCAGCGGGUGGCAAUGGGUCCUUGGGUUGCAUCAGGUGACGUCGAAUUGUUGCAUGGGGUCGAUGGACUAUGCCUACUCUGGUGGGUUUUAACAGUCGCGCGACCGCUUUAGAGACCCCUUUGACGUAGGGAAUGGCCCUCCAGACUUCGGGUUGCUCCUCAUUUGGCCGUCGUCUGGGCGCCCAACGUCUGCUCUCUCCAAAUAAUCUUCCCGGAUCUCUCAACUUUGCCGAUUGUUUCCUCAUGUGUCCUUUUUACUUGUAGGUUGUCAAUCGAGAUUUCGUGAAUUGGCGCAAAGAAAAAUCAACAUUCAUAGAAGCGGAGGACUUCGCGGUUAUGCUCUGUCUCUUAAAGCAAGUUUUCAUUGCGUAAAUUGAUUUCCUAUUGGUGUACCCUGUGGCGUACUUAGUAGAGCAUUGUCUACCUCACCGGAAUGCCUGGGUUCGAGACCCUCCCCGGCUUAAUUUCCCCCCCCCAUGUCACGCACUAUCUGUUGAUAAAAGGAAGGAAUUAGCAUCUGCCUUGCAGUCUGUAUUUCAAUCGGUGUGCUCUUCUUCGUCCUCCUUGUCUUCCUAGGCUUUACGUGCAGAGUUACGGUGAAAGUCGGCCAACUGAGGAGCAUUGGAGAUCUGUUGUCGCUCUGGAAACCGCGCGAAAGACACGGCUCAAAGAGACCACAGUCAACUAA